AUGCCAUGGAAAGAUGCUACGCUUGUUUUAGAAUAUGAAAAUUGUAAUUCCAAUUGGAGGGAUAUUUGCCAUGAAAAUUCAAUUCCUCAUGCUUUCGUAAAAGUUUCGUCUUCUCUUCUCAAGCUGAUCAUUGAUUUUAAAGAAAACAGGACUACAGAUGUUGUGCUGAGCUCAAGUCAAAAUUUAAAGCCAAUGCCAUUAGUUGUAUCUGAAGUUAUUGCAUCAAAUUAUGAAAUUAUGAAAUUUUUGGAUUCAAGGGAGGAUGUUUUGCUGUGUGAAAGAAAUUACAAAAGAAUUCUGCCUCAAAUGUACUUUGCUGAUGUUGCUUUUGAUGAAAAAACUGCUGCCAUCUUACUUGAAAAGGCAUUGCUUGGAGACACUGAUUACAUGUCUGUUUCAUAUGAAAAAAUUAUUUUUCUAACAUUGAAAUAUGAAUUAAUUUGGAUCAUUGUUCAUGAAACAGAGGUUAUUAUGGAUGGUGAUUUAACAGUUUUAACUGAAACUCAAGCAAAUUUCUUUCAGUUUUAUUUAGAAGUUAUGAAACUUAAAGAAAAAAGUCCCAUAUUCAAAACCAUGUUCCUGUUUGUUGACUCAAAUGAGGCUUUAACUGCAGUAAUAUCAGACAUUCUGACUUUUCGUUUGAGAAGAGCUAAUUUUAUGAUUGAUGGUUCAAUUUUUUCAAGAGACCCAACAAAAGAAGAAAUAUUUUUGGCAUCCUUUCCAUCUUUGAAUCCUUUCGUGAUUGAUAUACUGUUACGUUUCCAUUGCCUGAAUGACUUAAUGUGCAUGACGCUUGGUACAUUAUUAGACAAAUAUUCUUCUAUUCCUGAAAGGUUUUUAUCGCGAUUUCAUCAUGCUGUUAACAUGAAUAUUGACACGUUUGAUCAGCUUUUUCAAAAGUCUGAUGAUGAAGAUGAUGAAGAAUUCCAUUGCUCCUCCGUUAAAUCAGACGGUUUUGAGUUUCAUCCGAAAAUACCUGAAGUUGAAUUUUCUGAACCUGUAGAAGAGUAUGCAGAUUCUGCUGAAGAUCUCUCAUGUACAUCUCUGUACAAGCAUUCUUUGAAUGACUUUGAGAAAACUUUGGAAGAAAUUGAUCGUGAUUAUUUCGCUUGCAAAUAUAGUCCUUCAUUUGAUAAUAACACGAAUAUUGACUGUAGUGCCAAUGAUGAAGAAAUGGAUGAGGUUUAUGUACAACCAAAAGUGAAUAGAAAUUUUCCAUCUUCUUUACCAUUCGCUAAAAGGAUUAAAAUAGAAAACAAAAAUACAGUAGUUGUGAGACCCAUGCUUGAAACUUCAAAAUGGUCCCAGAGUGAUGUUGAUACUGAGAAGCUUGAUCGCAAUAAUCACAGUCAUCAAGAUGAUCCAAUGGAACAAAACUUUCUUGGCUGUUCUCCAGAAACACAAAACAGUUCCAAUUUCUUUAGAACCAAAGCAAAUUUUCAUAAAAAUACUCAAUCUAUUAAUAAAAUAAGUGAUAUAAAAAAAUUUAUGCAUAAUAAUAGCAGGAAUUACCAACCAUUAGGAAUGGGGAUGAGUUUUCCAUCAAGUGUUACGUUUUCUCAAGAAAACAAAAAAUUGUCUAAUGCAGUAAGAGUUAACAAGGGGCUGUGCUCACAAACUGUUAGCAAGCUAGAUAUAAUACAAAACGCUGCGACUAGAACCAAGAGUGAUGUAGAAACGCAAAGAGUUUCACCAAUAGUUUUCAAAAGUGCUGACUAUUUUUGUAAUAGCAAGAAAGUGGUAGAAUUUGACGAUGAAAAGUACAGAGAAACAACACCUAAAAAGAAGCCGAAAUUUUCUCUUGACCACAAUCUUUUGACAGAUUCUGAUUGGGUAGGCCAAACUCAUGUUCGCUUGACUCCUUUUGAAGGUAAACGAUUGCAAUAUGAAAAAAUACCUGGGCACAAAGGACAAACACGAUUAGUUUUCCAGUAAACUUCAAAAUAAAUUGUUAUGAUUUUUUUAAAUUUUAGCUGGGUUUUUAAUGCUAUAUCUUUUAAGUGUUCAAACUGUAUUUCAUUCAAA